GCUCUUUUUCGUGAAAGGAAAGAAAGUGAAAGCAAGUAGUAAACACACCCAGUAUACUAGUAAACAGUGCCAGAGUGGAAAGUGGAAACAUCUGAUGUUAACAGGCCCUCGGUCUCUCUUUCACUCUUUCCUCAAGCCUAGGCUAGUCACCCGUCGGUCGCCCUCCUUCAUUCUCAACUUGUUUGGUAGUCAGGCUGUUACACAAGAAAUUAGACUAGAAUCUAGUACCGAACUCUACGUUUGGACUUGGUAGGGCCUCGCUUUUUCUGCUGUUUGGAACUUUCUGCAUUUUUUCGCUGAGCCUGAGCAGUUUGUAGGCUACUUCUUUUGAUUUUUUGUCGAAAAUGCCGAAGCGCCCCGCUAAUACUGAUGUUUCUACUGAUGGCACAGAUUUUGCUGAACUUGACGAUGAACACCCAAGGAAGCUGAUCCCUUCUUUGUGCCGUCAGUUCUACGACUUAGGCUGGGUAACGGGCACUGGUGGAGGCGUCAGCAUAAAGCAAGGCAAAGAAAUCUACAUUGCACCCUCUGGGGUUCAGAAAGAGAGAAUACAGGUAAGUUUUUUUGUCUUGUGUAACUACAGAUACGACGAGGAGCUGGUGGUACCGAUCAUCGAGAACACGCCGUUUGAAGAGGACCUGAAGGAGGAGAUGUUUCGAGCCAUGCAAGACUACCCGGACACGUGCGCCGUACUGGUUCGCAGACACGGGGUCUACGUCUGGGGCGACACCUGGCAGAAGGCCAAGACAAUGUGUGAGUGCUACGACUACCUGUUUGACAUGGCUGUGCAGAUGAAGGGUCUGGGUUUGGAUCCCACAGAGACUCCGACACCGCCCAAGGGAGCUUAUGUCUCCAAAACCUCGUGACCCUGCUGUAGGGAGGGGCCCAGUGGCUGGGGGGAUGGGUUUGAAUG